GAGAAAGUUCCCGGGGACAGUUCGCCCGGCGGAGGGCCCAAGCUGAGGCCGCUGGCCGAGACUGUCUCGAGUCCCGCGCGUGCAGCGCGCAGUUCGCCUGCACGCACUUGGCUGCCCGGGCUCAGCUUUUCGAGAAGCAGAGGAGCCUCGCGGGCGGGCGGGCAGCCGGGGCGGCCGCGACUAAACUUGGACGAGGAGGAUGCUGCGAGUGGGCGCGGCAGCUCGGGGCGCGGGGGCGCUCGCCAAGCUCUGAUUGCUCCCGGCGGGCUCCGAGCGCGCCGAGGCGCAGUAGGCAGGUAGAGGCUCCAAGCGCCCGGACUGCGCCAAACCUACCAGCCAAGGCCGCCAGCGCCACCGUGCAGGCGUCGUCUCCUCACCACGGAGUCAUGUUGCGCGCAGCGCGCACGCCCCGCGCGGAACUCUGAGCUCCGGCGGUGCAGUGAACCCCCUCCUCCAGUAUCCCCAUCCGAGCUUCCCGCGCCUGCCUUGCUCGCGGACCAUGAAGCUAUCGCCUGAAACCUCUUGCUUCUGAGCUGUGUACCGUCCCCCUGCAGCCCUAGCGCUGCUGGACCACCGACAGCGCCCCAACCGACCCUUCAAUCUCGGAUUCUUCUCCCAGGGACGCCGGGCGCUUGGAGAUGGCGCUCCGCGAAUCCCUCCAGCCGCGCAAAGUUCGCAGGAGGAGAGAGAUGCUGCCGCAGCAAGUUGGCUUCGUUUGCGCCGUGCUGGCCCUGGUGUGCUGUGCUUCUGGCCUCUUUGGAAGCUUGGGCCACAAAACAGCUUCUGCUAACAAACGUGUUCUGCCAGACACGUGGCGAAACAGAAAGUUGAUGGCACCGAUCAAUGGAACUCCCCCGGCUAAGAACUGCACAGAUCCUGCGAUCCACGAGUUCCCCACAGACCUGUUCUCCAACAGAGAGCGGCAACAUGGCGCUGUCCUACUACACAUCCUCGGUGCUCUCUACAUGUUCUAUGCCCUGGCCAUCGUGUGUGAUGACUUCUUUGUCCCGUCCCUCGAGAAGAUCUGUGAGAAACUUCAUCUGAGUGAAGAUGUGGCUGGUGCCACCUUCAUGGCUGCUGGAAGCUCGACACCAGAGCUGUUUGCUUCUGUCAUUGGUGUGUUCAUCACCCACGGAGAUGUCGGUGUGGGGACAAUUGUAGGCUCUGCUGUGUUCAACAUUCUAUGCAUUAUUGGAGUGUGUGGACUCUUUGCUGGACAGGUGGUGCGGUUGACGUGGUGGGCUGUGUGCCGUGACUCUGUGUAUUACACACUCUCUGUCGUCGUGCUCAUAGCGUUCAUAUACGACGAGGAAAUAGUGUGGUGGGAAGGCCUGGUGCUCAUCAUCUUGUACGUGUUUUAUAUUCUGAUCAUGAAGUACAAUAUGAAGAUGCAGACAUUUUUCACAACCAAACAAAAGAGCAUUGCAAAUGGUAACCCAGUCAGCAGCGAGCUGGAAGAUGGUAAUGACCUCUAUGACGGUAGCUAUGACGACCCUUCUGUGCCAUUGCUGGGGCAAGUGAAGGAGAAACCUCCCUACAGCAAGACCCCAGUGGUGAUGGUGGAUGAGAUUCUGAGCUCUAGCCCUCCCAAGUUCACCUUCCCGGAGGCCGGCCUGCGCAUCAUGAUCACCAACAAGUUUGGACCCAGGACCCGACUACGGAUGGCCAGCAGGAUCAUAAUUAAUGAGCGACAGAGGUUGAUCAACUCGGCCAAUGGUGUUAAUAGCAAGCCACUGCAAAAUGGGAAACAUGAGAACAUAGAAAAUGGAAAUGUCCCUGGGGAGAACCCUGAAGACCCACAGCAGGGCCAGGAGCAGCAGCCGCCGCCACAGCCACCACCCCCAGAACCAGAGACAGUAGAGACGGUCUUCCUGUCCCCCUUCUCAAUGCCUGAGGCCAAAGGCGACAAGGCUAAGUGGGUGUUCACUUGGCCCCUCAUCUUCCUCCUCUGUGUCACCAUCCCCAACUGCAGCAAGCCCCGCUGGGAGAAGUUCUUCAUGGUCACCUUCGUCACGGCCACACUGUGGAUCGCCGUGUUCUCCUACCUCAUGGUGUGGCUGGUGACUAUUAUUGGAUACACUCUUGGGAUCCCUGACGUCAUCAUGGGCAUCACCUUCCUGGCAGCAGGCACAAGUGUUCCAGACUGCAUGGCCAGCUUAAUUGUGGCAAGACAAGGCCUUGGAGACAUGGCAGUGUCUAACACCAUCGGAAGCAACGUGUUUGACAUUCUGGUGGGGCUUGGCAUCCCGUGGGGCCUGCAGACCAUGGUUAUUAAUUAUGGAUCCACAGUGAAGAUCAACAGCCGAGGUCUCGUCUAUUCCGUGGUGCUGCUGCUGGGCUCCGUUGCUCUCACUGUCCUUGGCAUCCACCUCAACAAAUGGCGCCUGGACCGGAAACUUGGCAUCUACGUGCUGGUCCUCUAUGCUGUCUUCCUGUGCUUCUCCAUAAUGAUAGAGUUUAAUGUCUUUACCUUCGUCAACUUGCCCAUGUGCCGAGAAGACGACUAAAGCUGAGCUGUUGCCCGGGAAACUGCUGUGGCCACCAUGAUGCUGGCAUCUUCUCUCUCUCCUUCUCCACACAGGUCUCUCCUGCCUUGGCAGCCGCUGUCAAUUCUUUCAUGAGCUGGAAGGAAGGGCAACCAUGGUUUUGGUCAUGGGCCCGGCCACGGGGCAUCUGUUUCUGCAUGUCAGGGGCCAGGCAUUAUUUGAGCAGCUCCACAGACUCUCUUGGCUGCCGACUGUGGGGACACACUGUGUCUCUUCUCUCUUGCACACUUUAGUCACCAGGACUUCCGUGUGCUGUGUGUCUUUCUGUUCCAUGGGCUCAGAACUGAGUCAGUCAGUGAACAGGUGUCCUAGAUGAGCGCAUAGUAGGACUGUGAUUGGCAAGUGUCACCUCUGGGUCCGAAGAAGGCAGAGUGUGUCACCAUGAGCAUCCAGCUCUGCUGGGAACACUGGAACUUGGAAGAGACAAGGCAUUCACCUCCAGGGGAUUGAGACCACUGCAGUUAUAGAAAAAUAGGAAGUGUGGACACAUCAUUUCCCAGUAGAGGAGAGAAAAGCAAGCAAAUACUGUUAUCCUUUUUCAUUGACACACUCAAAAGAGGAGCAAUGAAAUAUUAAAAAUAAAACAUCACAUAGAUCAUCAUACUUGAAGAAUAUCAUUCCACAAAAGGAUCAUUGGCAGGGACCAAAACAGUUACCCUUAGAGGAAAGAAAAAUGAACCUUUCUGUGUCAUCUUGUGCUGGCUCCAAGACGAUUUGGUUUGGAAAAUAGAAAAAAGGUGGACGACCACACAGAAACGGGUGCUAACUCAGAGACACAGUGGGGAAUGUGGUCCCAGCGACACAUUUCAGACCUUAGGAUGCCACGCACCGCCCCUUCGGGCCUGUCAACUUCUCUGUUAAUGCUCUACUUCCUACACCACCCUCAAGGACCCAGUUGUUUCCAUGCCCAGCCAAUUGCAGAAGUGAGAAGAGAGAGAAUCCACAGACCCCUCUGUCCUGGUUGGCUGAAGCCAAGUAUGAGAAAUGGACCGUAGAAGUUUUAGAGCUAAGUGUUUCAGCUUCACAGGCAAGGCCAGGGAUGGGCGAUGGACCCAAACACAGGCAAACAUGGAACGAUGCUUGACUGCUUCAUAGCUCUGAAAUCUCUGUGUGACAGAUUCGUGACUAUAAACCAUUCCUGGAUUCUAAUGAGAAAGCACAAAUUAAUUUUAUAUAGUGAGGUUAUUAUUUUUUUAAUGUUUCUAUUGCAAAAGUCUAUCAGGUCUGAUGCACUUUGAAUACUGAGCUAUUUUGCACAGUAGAAGGCAUGGGGAUGACCCAGGGUAAUGAGAGAGGGGUAUUUAGCAAUUUUAACCUUGGUGGCCACUGCAAAUCCAGCAGCAGAGUCCUUCUGGGCCCAUGGUGGAGUCUGUAGCGAUAUUCUCUGCAUUUCAGGGGAUGAAGUAUUCAGGCUUGUGCUCCCUUAGGCAGAACUAUGAUGAGACCUCGCUCCCAUUACUAGCCUUCAAUUCGAGGUUCACAUCAGUAUUAGAAGGCUCAACUGAGUCCAGGCUUUGCUUUCUGUCUGUCUGGAUAAGCUCGGUGGUCUUCAGAGUGAGACAGCAGAAUUUCUAAAUAGCUAAACCUGAGGGAAGGAGCCUGAAGGUGCGCCUCAGUAUAAACUCAAGCUGCAAGAGGCUUCAGAGUUACUCUAGGCCCUAGUAGCUCAUACACACACACACACACACACACACACACACACCCCUCCCUUUCACAGGCACGUGUUAGCUCUGAGUGCUUGUUUCUCCCCUUGGAGCCCCCUAACUGCUCUAAAAUGUAAGCUUGGAUUACUCUCAUUUCAUCAGCAAUUGCCGUCAAGUAGAUCUAGUUUAGCUGCAGGAUGUAGCAAAGCUGGGGCCAAAGGUACCUAUCACCCCUCCCAAGUUAGCUAGGACCCCUGAUUGGCCAGGCUGGCACAGUGGCAUGAGACUGACAUUGAGAUGUAUGAAUCUUAGUUCUUGGCUCAAGACCCCAUGGAAUAUUUAAUUUACCUAGAAGUUUCCCAAAUCAUAUUCCCAUACCUGCCCUUAUUGAAUGUCCCUAGCUUCCCCCCCUAAAAAAAAAAAGACCAAAUGCUCUUUCUUAGAUGUUGUUAGAGCACAAGCCACAGCCUCUGAGGGUCUGCACUGUGUUUUGAUCCUCUGGGUCCUCGUGUGGCUUUCAGAGAACACCCCAGCCUUCCCCUUCCUUCAGAAUCUGCUGGAAGCUGGAAAGUGUCUCACAGCUGCAGUUAGAAAUGGAGAACUGUGCUCUCAGUAUGUAGAGCACGCAUCUGCAUGUUGCCUCUGGUCUUUAAUGUGCCAAUGCACCGCAAAGGCUCUGGGCAUCUCUCAUGUCUAGGAAACUACAGGCUGAAAGUCAAAAGUUCUCUGUUUUUAACCAAAUACUUUUUCCUCGUGAGUUUAAAUAUUCAUUUGGUAAUACAGGCCUUCUUUUAAAAAACAUGCUUCCAUUGCUUUACAGAAUUACUUUCUUUGUUUUAUCCCUAAAGUUAAGUUAGCGUGGUGUAAUUAUUUUUGCUUCAAAAGAAAUACAGUUAAAAAAAAUACGCUUAGCUUCUUGUCUCUUCGGAGGCAGAAAAACAAGCAUAAAUUUCUAUGUUCAAUUAUGUCUGUCUCUCUCCCAGCCUCUCUCCUCCCUGAAUCCUUUACAGGUGGGGCAACCUGUGGACAGAGAGACAAUGGGGACCAAGAGGGGUUUGGAUCAUUUCUCCUGGGAAAGCGGGAGAGAGUCCAACACAGCACUGGCCUCCUGUGGCCUCCCCACUCCCUUGGGUGUAAAGUUGUACUGCUCUUGUCCCAUACUAGAUCAGUGGCCUUCUAGUCCACCUUGGCUUGUCUCCCCCCGGAAAUCAACCGCGAGUAGUACAUACCUUUGAACCCACCAGGGCACUAUGUCCACUUGCACACUAUCCCAACGCUGCCUGGGCCCCUGGGGGAAGGCUUGAUCCUCUCUUUGCCACCUGCCUUUCUCUCCUUGUUUUGUAAGUUAGCCUUGUAAAUGGAUGGAAAACAUGGCUGCUCUCUAGGUAGGUGCUUACUGGACCAAGAACUUGCUGGUUAGAGUUAAAAUUGCCAGGAGACUGAACCCAUCAGCCAGGUUUCAAAUGCUUGCCAGAGGAGCUCUGAUGUCUCCCAACACAAUCUCCAUAGGGGUUAUCGUUCUCUAGGGCAGUGACCAGAUGUAUCCAGGACACAUCCUGAGGGGAUCCAUUCCCUGGGAUAGAAAGUUCUAGAAAUUUUUGAAAAUGUUCUCCUAUUAACUCUUGAGUGACAAGAAGUCCUGAUUCCUACCAGUUGACUACCUAAGGCCCUGUCUCCCUGAGCCCAGAUCCCUCUGUCCCCAUGUAGACUUUCUCCAGGUGUGACCACUUCACCUUGGUUCUCUGGUCUCUGCAGCUUGUCACAUCUCAUGAGCCCCUCAAAACUCAUACCCCAACUAGGCUUCCUCAAAGUCUAGUGCAGCAGUUCUCAACCUGCGAAUCUCAACCCCUUUGGGGGGGAUCAAAUGACCUUUUCACAGGGGCCGCCUAAAACCAUCAGAAAACACAGAUAUUUACAUUAUGAUUCAUAACAGUAGCAAGAUUGCAGUUAUGAAGUAGCAAUGAAAAUAAUUUUAUGGCUGGGAGUCACCACAACAUGAGGAGCUGCAUUAAGGGGUUCAUUAGCCAUAGGAAGGUUGAGAAGCACUGGUCUAGAGAAGGGGGCCUUCCUAUUUUCUAGGCAACUCUUCCCACCGUCAGCUCUGUGGGCACAGGAGAGAGACGUUUGUGGUCUCUGCCCACAGGGCACAGAAGAGGGGACUCUGUGAACACAGCCUGCCUCCUUCCAGUCUUGCUUGCAUGAGGUUUUGCUUUGCUGCAGAGCACGGAUGCCUAAAAGGCACGUUCCCAGGGCACAGUCAGCAGGGUGGUCCAUGGUUGGCAUCUCUGAAGCCACAGCAUCAGCUACAGAGUUCACAUACAUGUUACAUACAUGCUGUCAUGUUAUCAAAUAUGUACAGCAUAUACCCAGAUACACACACACACACACACACACAUAUAUAUAUAUAUAUAUAUAUAUCCCCAAAUCUCCUAAUGUUUUAAGUAGGUUUACAAAUUGCUGUGCCCCAGGGCUGUGCGUUGGGCACUGCUGAUGGUUAUUUUAUUUUUAUAAAAGCAGCCUCAACCUGAGUACUAGCCUUGUGAUUCCCUUCAUGUCUGGACUCAGGACAAUGUCCCUUCGUCACAGUGCCACCAAGUACAAGCAAAUGCAUGCCUACAUGCAGCUGGGAAAUGGGGCACGUUUCUCCACUUCUGCCCCCUAGGCGGGGCAAUCAUUUUAGGGAAGCCAGCUGAGUGAUCUAGAAGCUUUGGUCACCCUGGGGGCAGUGGGGAAGCAUAAGCAGUACAGCUUUUCAGCCAUCUUUGCCUUCCAGUUUCCAUGCGGCUGACUCCUCAGAUACCCACGCCCACCCACAUACCCACACACGCACUGCUAAGGAGUCAGGGCUCCCUGUCGAGGCGUCUUUUACCCUGUGCUUCUAAAGCUCUUCUACCCCCUCUCUUUCCUGUCCAGUUGUCCAAGUUACAUCGCUUCCUCCACGCCCCUCAGCAGGGCUGAAAUCCAAUCUCCUCUAGAGUGCCCUGGUGUCGUCCUGGGGCUCUGGGAAGUGUCUAAGCAUUGAGAACACAGUCUCCUUCUGUGAAGGGCAAGGCUGUGGCUGGGUGGCUUGUCUGUCCGUUACACUGACAGGGCCAGGGCUUGCCUACUCCUUGUAAAAACCCAGGAAGAGAUGCCAGCGUGACCCACAUUUUUUUCCACAGCACUGUCAUAAGCCAAGCAGUGGCUGCUCAGGCACAAUGCUACUUAUGGCUUUUCCAUCCAUGAGCUCAAGAAAAUCCUUGAUCCUGGGCCUUCCCUGCUCCGUCCUUAGAAAACAAGUUUAUCUGUUGCUGUUUUUAGCUAUUAAAUAGAAGAGACCAUGUGGUUUUGGGUUUGGUGUGAUCAGUUUUUGUCUACUAUGGAAAGGUCUAAGACAACACUCACCCUUUAUCACUCUAGAAUUUCCUGCAGGGAAGUUUUGGGGUCCAAUCUAGAGGAAGCACACAGUCCUCUUCCAGAAGGACUUUCCUACUUCUGACCGUGCCUGGGACCUAGAUAGGGUCACUCUGUUCCUUUAAGUGAAGUGGGUGCUCUGCUGCUGGGUGUCCUGCCUCACUUUGAGCAACUACCCCUCUGAGCUGUGGACCCUGUGACUACGUUCAGGCUUCUUCCACCUGACCUGCACCAAGCUCAUUUGGGGACCUGGCGGACAAAGCCGUGGCUGAUUCACUGUGGCUGACUUUGGGGGAUCUCCAGUCUGUGGAGGGUUGGCUGCUAGUCGGUGAGGCUGAACGUGCCAUUCAGAGCAUUCUCUCCUGGAAGGGUGCCCUCCCCACCGUGUCUCCAAAGUCCUUCCUGAUGUCUGAUUACACAGAGGCAACAGAAGGCUGCCAGCCAGCUACGCCAGAUCCAGGGGCAGAGGUAGGACUGCCAAGCGAGCUGGGCGUGAGAUGGCCAAGAACAUCCAACAUGCCAAGGGCCAGGCUGGGCACAGUCUUCCCAGGGGAUUUGGACCUUUUCUCAAAACAGCCUCGCCUGACCAGGUCACAGCAGAUGGAGGCAGAGGAGUCUUGAAUCCUAAAAACACUCCAGCCCAAGAACUUCUGAGGCCGUCCAUAUGCCACCGAGUACCCGCAAGACAUCCGUGGCAUGCUGGGCUGAGCAGCGCCACCUUUGAUCAUUCUCUAACGGGCAGAGCAGGAGCAAGGGGUUGGAAAGCUGUAAAUAAUAAAUAUAUUUAUGCCGCUAUUUAUUUUUUCAAUAACUGUGACCUCCUGCACUGUGAAUGCUCUGUGAUAUGAGAUUCUUAGUUUAAUAAACUGUCAUUAAAUUUGAAUGAAUUGAUAUUAUUGGUUCCUAAGCACUGGCAUGACUUACUUUUGCUGUGAAGAAAAACAAUCUAGAGUAAAAUAUGAAGCUAAACCUUUCUAAGAUGCCUAGCAGUCUGUAUUAUGAUGCAAUAUAUCAAAACCCUGGGCACGUCAAUACAGUAAACAAGCACAAAGCCCCCCUCCUGAUAAGCCUUCCAUCCACAUUUCCAUAGACACAGACAUGUUUUGCAUUUUUGGAUUUUUGGAAAGAAUUACAUUGGAAU